GAAAGCAAUGGAUAUACGCUGGAGUUCUUGCUGUCAAAAUAUACUAUUUCAUGGAGAUGGUUGUCACUGUACCGGUAUACAAUGAUUUUUAAUGCUGCAAAUCGACGCUCAAUUAGGAGGAAUGGCUUUGAGAUUUCAGACACACUAUUGAAUGAAAUACAACAGAUUGUGAGGGAGUCCGACUACAUAAAGUAUGCCCAUAUUAACGGCAUUUUUUCACGCAUGACAACAUUUGUAUUCUUCAUGGCGGGUUUACUCUAUUUAGGUGUAAGUUCCGCCAUCUUUGAACAAUCAUUUAAGCCAACAGUAAACAAACAGAUAAUAACAGUACAACUAGGAAAUCUGUAUGGCUUAUUAUCUAUGUUUAUUCUGUGGCUGUGUGUCAUUAUCGUUCACGGAUGUGGAUCUCUUGGAAACUUUAAAAGGUGGAAAGGAAUGACAAAGAGUUUGAAACAGCGGACUAAAUUACACCUGAUGCGAAAAUUAUGGACAAAAAUAAACCGGAAGAAUGUUGACACUGACAAAUUUGUUGUAAUAUUCAAAGCAGGGAAGCUGCACAUAAUGAGGUUUGACAAAAAACCAUGCCGUAAUUAUUUUGUACGUAGAUGUACUGAAAAGGAAGCUUUGAAGAGACACAUGUUGCCGACAGAAUCACUGCAGGAAUAUACAGACCGACUAUUUGAUGACUUCAUGAGAGACAAUAUUGAUUUGAUGUUGGUAGAGAGUGAAGCACAAGGGCGACAUACAAUGAAGAACGGAGCUAAAUGCUUGUGUCAACUAGUACAUGACCAACUUCUACCGGACGAAAUUUAAAGUUUAUAUCAUUCCAAUGGAGAAUGAGUAUGAUGGAAAUUUAAAGUUUAUAUCAUUCAAAUGGAGAAUGAGUAUGAUGAAAUUUUCAGUUAAAUAAUACAACUCUUUGCCGAACUCGAUACUUGAAACGUCACUUAAUUAACAUCCGAAUAUAUCUCUCAAAAAGUUUUUUAUCAUUUCUUUAUUAUUUGUAUAAUGUUGAAGAACGGAGAACACUCAAUAUAAAGUGUACAUUAUUUUACUUAUUUUAUUACUAUUAUUUUGUCAUUUAUUUUUUAGCGUUUUUCUUUAUUAAUUUGUAUGAAUGUAAUUUAUUAUUUAUAUAAUUCUUAUUCAAUGUCCAAUUGAAACAAUAUACUAGCUGGUGUACUACAAGGUUCAAUCUUGGUACAUCUUUUAUUUCUCAUUUAUAUAAGUUGAAUUGUCAAUAAAGUAAAACCAAAUAUCAGGCCUAUAUUUUGCCGGUUUAAGUAGCUUUUAUUUUCUUGGUGACUUAGGUGAUUAGCUGCUCCUGCCUCGACUGUUCUAAAUAACGAUCUGCAAAACUUACAAAACUUAUUAUAAUUUCACGUAAACAAAUCAAACCUAAAAACUAAAUAUUUAUGUUUGGGGUCCUCCUGGGCUCCUUACCGCUGGUCCUUGUUGCUGAGUCGUGUUGGGAUUGCGUUCAUUGAACGCUACAUUUCCUUGUUGAUCUUAUUUAUCAUAUUCUAAAACUGAGUGACAUCUCAAUUAAACAUUUAGGCGAAAUUUUCACAGCGAAGGAAAAUUGCACGCUCACAUCUCUUCAGUUGUUUCCCAACCUUUGAAACGUAUUGUAAUUUUUAAAGCAUUUCAUUUUGAAUAGAAUCUAUCUGGUACUUUUUUACAUACAUGUACAUCCCACACUUUUUAGAAUAUAGUGACGUUGUCUGGGAUACAGUAUGAUAACUAAAAACCAAAGAUCGAAUCUGUUCAGAUAGAUGCAGCAUGUAUCAUCAUAUUAACACACGUGAUAAAUUAAUAACUUUAGUGUUGUUCUAGAUUUAAUAUCAUCAUAAAGAUUAUGCCAGUCACAGAUGACAGAAAAAAUAAAUGAAUCUUGGUAUAAUUCAUGAGGUUACAAUUGGUAUGUUGUUGAUGUUACCUAUUAUGUUCUAUACUGUUCUCGGAUUAGGUUAGAACGGUAAUGUGGUUUUAUUUGUGAAACAAUUAUGCAAUGUUCAUUGUUCGUAAUACAUAAUCAUGACUGAUAUUUGGAACUUGUUGAAACUAAUGUAAUUUAAGAUUGCAGUCGUUAAAGUGGAAAAUUACAGAACACCUCAUUAUCAUCAGACACUUUAUAUUUUGUGAUAGAAAACUGGCCAAGAUUUGGGGAUGUUACAUUCAUGUUCUCUAUUUUGUUGUAUAUAAAGUAACAAACUAUGCGCAAUUUCCAUUGUUACAUAUUGAAAUCAUUGUCGUAUAGAAAUAUAGUUUAAAUAUUGGACCUGUAUUUUUGAGUACGGUAAUAUUACAAAUAUCACUAAGUAAAGGGGUAGUGGGUGGGGAAAUAUUCAACUUGAUAAUGUUAUAAGGUGAACUAUGAAACAUCCAUUAUAAUGAAACACUUCAGCAAAAUACAAAUCAUUGUCCUAUAUGUUGAUAUGUUAUAUGUAGUAUCUAACACAGGAAUCAUAUUACAUCGGUUUCUAUUUUAUUUAAAUCGUAUCAUUACUAUUAUGUUCAAAGUAUUACUAUUAUGUUCAAAGUAUUACAUCCGAAAACCUUUAAAAUAGAAUAUCCACAAUUACAUUGCCGCAAUAUAGAGAUUUGGAAAUAAAAGUUGUGUACUUUGAUUUAUGACUUG